GUGCUCAAAGGUCAAAGGUCAAGGUCACUGUCACCUCACCAAUCACGUUUUUGGCCAUAACUCACAAAUUCAUACACUUACUAUGACACAAAAUAACUCAAAUGUCUAAUUACGCUAAAAUGAUGACGUGAAGACAUUUUAUAUCCAAAAGGUCAAAGGUCAACUUCACUGUGACAUCAUAAUGGUCUGUAAAAACAGUGUUGUGACCAUAUUUCCUGCAACUUUUAUCUGAUUGGUGGAGGCGUUCAACCAUGAGGUGUUAAUUCUAGUGUAAAUACAGACUUUAGACUAAAGUGAGUAAAAAAUAUGCAACAUCUCAUAUAUAAUGGCGCAAACUCAGAUAUUUUCAACACAUUUAUUUAUUAUAAGUACUUAAAUAAGUCUGUGGACACUCUAUUUUAUUGUUCCUGUUUAAUGAAAAACACUUCCUCCUGUGGAAAAAGUGUUUGUCAUGUGACGAUGAUGAUGAUGAUGAUGAUGAUGAUGUGCAACCUUCACUGGUCACCAGGCAAAUUCUUUUUUUUUUUUCUUGUUGGUACCUGAAAACAGAGACAGAGUGAGACCUCACUUCUUCCUCCAGGCUGAGGCAGCAGGGUCAGAGGUGAUCUGAUCCUCUUGUGAACAACUCAGGGAUUUUAAGAGACCUAACCAUCGGAAACUAGUCUUGUUCCCUCUCAUUGAUCCUAGAAAAGUUUUAUUUAUUGAAGCCUCAGAAAAACAGGACCAGAGAAACGGAGUGAUUAUAUCAAGUUUCAGUUCAUAUGAUGCCAUUAAAACUUUGUUGUAGUCUUUUACUGAGACUUUUAUCUACCUCACAUUUUUGUGUGUCGUGGAACAGACGUAUAUUUUAACAAGAGAAAAUAAGAUUUUACACACAAAUCAAUUCCAGGCUAAAGUUUGUGUAGAAUACGUGUGAAUCACCUGUGGGGUCAGACUGCUACCUGCACCUUGUACCUGCUGCAGCCGAGUCCCACUGGGUCAGAGGAUGAUUAGGAUUAGAGCAGAUAACGACCUGAGCAUAUGGACAUCAGCGGCCGGAGAGGAGGCACAGGAGUUUAUGUGUCAUUUACACUCAUUUAUCAAAUCAUAUAUUUGAUUAUUUAACAUAAUAGAUUAUAGAAAUAAUAAAUGUCAUUUUUUAAAACUGAGAUGAAACAAAGAAGUCUUGUAGUAAUUCAUUAAUAAAUGAUGAUGUGCUUUACUUUUUUUUUUUACUAGUUAUAAAUGCUAGUAACUCAUUAGUAAGAUUAAUGAGUAGUAAGCAUUGACUUGAGUGAACUUGCACUGUAUGAAAACUGUUAUAACUUGUUUAUAAUUGUUUAUUUAGGAUUUAACAACCGAAUUAAUGAUUAUGAAUCCUUUAUAAGGAAAUGUAGUAUUUAAUAUUAUUAUUAUUAUUAUUAUUAUUGUUAUAUUAACUAUAGGCUCACUGUAGAAGCUGUUGCAUCAUGGCUCCUCAGCUUCCACAUGGUCACCGAUUACAUUCACAGCCUCAGUAUAAGAUACUACAGGCUCGUGCUGCUCUACUAUUGGUUCAUCAGCAUCGGAAGGCCGCGUGUCAGCGUCGGCUGAACAAAAGACCCAGAGAGAGAGAGACAUAGAGAGAGACAGAGAGAGAGAGAGAGAGAGAGAGAGGGCGUGCAGGCUCAGAGGGGCCGGAGAGGACGAGAGACAGGAAGCUUUAAGAUGAGUAGCACGUGUUAAAGUGGGUAGUUUUAAUGGUUAUCUGGUGUCGGUCUGAUUCAUCUUCUGUGGAGCAGCGCGCGGUGGCCGCUGGUAACCGCACGAGGAACCCGCUCUGUUCUGCAUUUCAUCGUUUCCUGUCUCGCCCCUGGUUCUCAUCUCAGCGGGAAAAAGAAGAGGAAGGUAAAUAAAAAAAAAAAAAAAAAAAACAGACAUCAUGGUUGCCGGCGAGCUCGUGCAGGAGCAUCUGCGCGCGGAUACCGGCGCACCUGACGACAUCACGGUCGGAAGGAAGACUUCCGACCGGAGGGCGCAGCCGAGCCGUACGCGGAUGCGACAUACGGAGCGGCGCCGACGCACGGGGCGGGGGAGGUAAACACCACCGACCCUGCGCUGGAGCAGGAGCAGGAGGUGGUGCCGCCGGAUGAAAGAGAGGCGAUGCUGCCUAACGGAGGAGGAGGGGAGGAGGAGGGGAAGAAGCUGGAGACCAGGCUGUACUGCCGGCGAUUCGCGGUGCUGACCGUGUUCAGCCUGUACUCCCUGGUGAACGCCUUCCAGUGGAUCCAGUACAGCAUCAUCACCAACGUGUUCACGCGCUACUACGGGGUGAGCAACGAGGACGUGAACUGGCUCUCCAUCGUCUACAUGGUGGCCUACGUGCCGCUCAUCUUCCCGGCCACCUGGCUGCUGGACCGGAGGGGUCUGCGGCUCACGGCCCUGCUGGGCUCCGGCCUCAACUGCGCCGGCGCGCUGCUCAAGUGCGCCAGCGUGAGCCCCGAGCUGUUCGGAGUCACCGUCUCCGCGCAGGUCGUCUGCUCCGUGGCGCAGGUGUUCAUCCUCGGCCUUCCGUCCCGCAUCGCCUCGGUGUGGUUCGGACCCCGGGAGGUUUCCACCGCGUGCGCCACGGCAGUGCUCGGGAAUCAGCUGGGAACAGCCAUAGGCUUCCUGUUGCCUCCGGUUUUAGUUCCCAACACGCCUGAAGACGACGAUCUGACAGGUCACAACAUCAGCAUCAUGUUCUACGGCACCGCCGCCGUCUCAACUGUGCUCUUCAUCCUCACCGUCAUAGUCAUAAAGGACCGGCCCCCCCUCCCUCCCAGUCAGGCCCAGGCCGUCCUCCCAGACACUCCUCCUGAGGAUUACUCCUACAAACAGUCCAUCAUCAACCUGAUGAAGAACAAAGCCUUCGUCCUGCUGCUCAUCAGCUACGGAAUAAUGACCGGAUCCUUCUACUCUGUCUCAACACUCCUCAACCAGAUGAUCAUCGCCUGCUACGAGAACCAGGAGUUGAACGCUGGGAGAAUUGGUUUGACCCUGGUUGUUGCUGGGAUGGUGGGAUCCAUCCUCUGUGGCCUGUGGCUGGACCACACGAAGACGUACAAGAUGACGACUCUGAUCGUGUACAGCCUCUCCUUUCUGGGCAUGCUGGUCUUCACCUUCACUCUGAACCUCGACGACAUCUACCUGGUCUUCUUCACCGCUGGAGUCCUGGGGUUCUUCAUGACGGGUUACCUGCCUCUGGGCUUUGAGUUCGGGGUGGAGAUCACCUACCCCGAGUCCGAGGGGACGUCGUCUGGACUCCUCAAUGCUUUCGCUCAGAUAUUCGGGAUCAUUUUCACUCUGAUUCAGGGCAAACUGACCACAGAUUACAACCCAGUGGCUGGAAACCUCUUCCUCUGUGCUUGGAUCUUUCUUGGGAUACUGCUGACUGCCUUAAUCAAGUCAGAACUGAAAAGACACAACGUCAACAUGGGUGCGGACAGCAACCACCUCGCACUCCCCACCGAGUGUCCCGGGGACUGUCCUUCAGACAAGACGACCAACGGAGUCAAGCUGGAGCCGUCGAUCAGCUUCUCCCGUGAAACCUCGUUGUGACCCUGCCAAGUCACUGAACCGCAGGACGAUAAGGAGGUGUCCCCCGCUGCCCCGGGAAACACGUUGGCGCCACAGUCGAUGUGAUGCAUUUAAAGGUGCACUUGAUUUUUAUUGCCAAGUAUAAUUUCCUCGAAAUCUGGAAAGCCGAAAGCUCUGGAUGUGAGCCAGGUCUAAUCAAGCACAGCCACAAUCUACACUGGAUUCAUGCCGGGGUGGGGGGACCAGCAUCGAUCAGAGGGAGGACCCAGGUCGUGCUCCCAGACACUUGCAAAGAAGAAGCAUUACCUCCAGUUUUGGAUCGGUAUAAAAGUGUGUAAGCCAUGGCCAUGCAGAAGAAGCUCCACUGCACUUUAACUGUGUUGUACUUUGUGAAAAGUGGCGUUUUUAGUUUGGUUACCGGAUGCAAAUCUGACUUCGAAGGACAACGGAAGUCGUGGAUCUUGAUCACAAGGUUUGCUGCAGUAAAAAGAAAAGACUCCAGUGACUGUGGACGAGUCACAGCAGCAGGUGGAGUGUCGGAGUCUGCAGGUGUCUCUGAGGAGGGAAAAAAAGAGCCAUUCUUUUUGGUUUUGUCCUGCGGCCUCUGCCCACCGCACAGCGCCAACAUUUCCUGAGUUUACUUGAAUUAUCCUUUGAUGCUCUGGACUGCAGUUUUCAGAAACAUUAUAAAUGUUAUUGUCUUUUCAUUUAGUCUCUGUGACCCUAGAGGAUCUUUGAUUCAUGUUCAUACUGAAACCUGUUCUGAAGCUGCUUCAGCUUUGGAAAAAUCAACAUAAAUCAUGUUUAUUUUUCUACAAUGCUGCAUUUCUGACAAGCCAAGAAGCGGCUGCCCAUAAUUUAGCAUAGUUAGCAUUAGUCUGCGCAGUAAAUCCUAUAAGGUUUAAACAAAUACAAAGUGCAUGAAAGUAAAAGCAUCUCUUACAGCUGACAUUGUCUGAAAGGUUUUAUUUGCAGCUUCUUUUUGACACAGGUUUACACAUGAAUGUGCUUUUUAUUUGCUGGGAUACAUAAAUAUCUGGAGUUAAAUUCUUCCUGUUGUAGCUAAAAAAACAAAAAUCCAACAUCCAAUCACUGAGGUGAAACGGUAAAACGUUUGGAAGAAUUUAAGAUUUGAAGGUGCAUCCCUGAGCUUUUCCUUCAGGGAGUGGAGGGAAGGUGAAGGAACGUGGAGACAGUUAAUCCAUGUAUGAAAGGGCCCUGACAUUAACUAUAACCAAAAAUCACAACACUAGGAUUUAUGUGAUUUUAAUUGUAAAUUAUAAGUGAUUCUCAAAAUGUUUGGGUCCCUGUCUAGAGGCCUAUUUAUUAACUAAUUUAUUUCAUCCAUCAUAUUGUUUUUUAUCAUGUCAAAAUCUCAAUGUGAAAUCACAGUAAGUCCAGUGACGCCUUAACGAUACCUUGAUUUGUCUAAUUAAUAAGGUUAAAGAAGAUAAUGACAGGAGAGAAACAACUGUCUGCUGUCGUGAAGUAAAUAUGUACUGUAUGUUUUAUGUGAAUGGCUUGUACAAUGGCUUAAACCACUAUGGACCAAACAGAAUGUGAACAUGUUCUGAGUUCAGUGCACAAUAAGAAAUAACACGCACAACGUCACGUUUUAUACUCAAUUGCAUGAUUUCAGGUGUGUUUUUAAUGUCGGCUGCUCUCCGUUAUUACACUGAGGAUCUGUGGGUCAACUCGAGCUGCUGCUAGUGAGACGUGGAGGCAUGACCGAGGGCGUAGCGCCAUCUUGUGGGUUUUCCACAGUAAUGACAAAGCAAGCAGAGUGGGCAGGAGAAGCACAAACGUGUAACAUAAGACUAUGCUAAUUAAUAUUUUCAGAUCUACCAGUUCGUUUUAAUUCUAUCAGAUGAUAAAGGGCCUCUGGAAGGACUUUUGCUUUAUUUAGCCUCUUUUUAAAUAUUUAAAACUCAAAACUUUUCUUUUAACCUACAGCUUCUGAAGUUUCAGAAGACAUGUAAAAUCUGUUUUUAGCCUUUUCUAUUCUCUGUUCACACUUGCAGCCCCUCCUUUACCAGCUACAGUAUUAGUGGUACAUACAUUCAUGCACUAAUAAUUUAAUAUACCUUUUUCUCUGAAAUGGGCCCAUUAUGCAUAAUAAGUACUUUUAUGUUUGGUACUUUACAUAUAUUUUGAUGCUAAUAGUUUUGUAAAAUUAUGAGUAUUUGUAACAGGUAAUGAUAUUUGUUUCCUAAGUUUCAGGUGACUUUUGUUUUUCUCUGGAAACUAAAAUUCAAUUUCACUCUGCAACAUUUUAAAAACAAUUCUGUUUCAGUGACAUUAUAUUAUUUACUGUCAAGACUUAAAAAGUUGAUACAUUUCCAAAUGAAUCAGCAGAAGAAUCAACAAACUGUUUGUUAAUUAAUGGCAUUUGGCAAUGAUGUGAUUUUUUACAAAAUUACUGUGUCACACUGUAAAUCAGCAGAAAGGCAUUUUACUUAUAUGACCAUAACAUAACCUUAAUGUUUCAAUAUACUAUACCUUUAACAUGUUUGCGUGUUAAAUCUUCUUUUUGGUUGAAAACAUUUGGUUGUUUUUUUUCCAGAAAUUGAAAAUGUUUUCUGUGUAAACUUGUAGGAACGACUGAUGCUUUCUUCUGUUGUUUGCUUCUUAGUAGAUGAAGUUCUUUUUUGUAACAGGAACUUUUAUACAGCUCUAAAGUCUUGUUUGUAAAACUUUAUUUGUUUUGUCAAGUUAGGCUAUUUAUUAACAAUGAAUAUGAAUAAAUUAUAGCAAAUAGCACUGAGUAAAAUUAUGAAUGGUCUUCAACAUUUCUCUAUACGACCAAAAAAGAUUUUUCAAGAGAAAUCAGUAAAAGAUACUUGACUGCUGCUACAAUCAAUGUAUUAACCCCUCUUCUCCCCCAGCUCUAAAUAAGUGUCACCCAGGUCAACAGUGUGGCCCACUGAUGUGUUUAUGGACACAGUGGAAUAAGAUGUUGGACUAUUUGGAAAUACACAUAAUACUUGUUAAAAUGAUCGAUUAAUUGUUGGUUUGGGUGUUUUUUGUGGGAUUUGUUGACAAUAAGAAAAAUAUAGAAUAUUGUCCCACCUGCUGUGCAGAUACUUGGUUUGCGCAGAUUGUUGCUUUGUCUAAAUGUGCCCCACUAUUUAAAAAUGUAAAUGUCAUUUCAUUUAUCUGUGAAGCUGUUGGACCUGCAGUUACUUUAAAAUCAUUCCAAACACUGUGGUGGGAUGUUGGAGAAAAUUGUCUGUUGCCAUAAAUACUGGAAACACAUUAUAUGGAAAUGACAUUACUCUGUAUGUGUCUGUUGAAACUGAGGGACACUGAGUAACAAUAAAAGCAUUUCUCUCCAUUCACUUUA